CCUAUACCAACUGGGCGCAACAGCACUAGAAACUUUAACCAGUUCCUCCAAGCUGCAUUUUAUAUUUCAUUCCAUAUUCAAGAGUCCAUAUUACCUGACGGUGGGUUGACUGGACAUGGACGCCGAGGAACGUAUUGUAGCAGCUUCCAAAUUCCUGCUUCAGUCCCCACCUGGCCAAAUCAAUGAUGUUCUGAAUGACGUUAGGAAUAUCAUAUCCGACGACGAGUCGUUACAAACUGGUGUCCUUCCAGCGCUGAUAGAAUACAAUGUCACUCAAUUCAUAACUGUAGAUGUCCCUGGACAUCAGCAUCAAACUAUCGUUAGUGAAGCCGCUCGGGCGCCGCAAGAGGAAGGUGUGGAGGAUGAUGGCGAUCGGUUCUGGGACCCAAGGUCAAGAACAAGUUUCCGUUUCGACCACUUGAGCUUGGAAGCUUCAGAACCUAUACCUAUCGACCCCGACAGCGACUCUGAGCCUUUCAGAGCUGCGCUAGAGAACGCAACACUAUCAUACAUCAGCGCACACUUCCAUUCAGGUGUCGGGGCUGUUUUUUCCAUCCCAGGUAAUGCUAGCCAGUUUAUCGUUCAAAUUGUUGCGAACAAGUAUAACCCUUCGAAUUUCUGGUCCGGACGAUGGCGAUCCGAAUAUACCAUCAAUUUAGAGGAGCGCAAGCUUGAGGGCAGGAUCCAUGUGAACGUACACUACUACGAGCAAGGAAAUGUCCAAUUGUCGACGACGCACAAUAUUUCCCUUCCCCUACCACCAGCCAUCAGUGCAUCGUCCGCUAGCGCUUCUGCCUCCAAAGUCCUCGCGCUCAUAGAAACAGAGGAAAGUAAAUACCAAUCAUCCCUAAAUGAUGCGUAUCAGGAGAUGAGCGAGAAAACGUUCAAGGGUCUCCGGCGGGCCCUGCCGAUAACUAGGUCAAAGCUGGAUUGGGAUAAGGUUCUUGGCUACAAGUUGGGUGCCGAAUUGACUGCAAACAAGAGUGCGUUUGGCGCAUCUUAGUAUUGCAUUCGGCGUAGGUAAAGAGACAUGUACUGUGUAUACAUAGAACAAGGAAGUUAGGAUUCGGAACUCAUCAGUAUGCGUAUCUUCAAACUUGGAAUAUCGAGGGAAUGGUAUUGCUGACUUCGUCG